CAAGCCGAGUCAAGCAAGUCAAGCCAUCCCCUCGGACCUCUCAAGCAAGUCAAGCCCACGGUUUUGAGGCCUCAAGUCAAGCCAAGUCCAGGCUCCAGACUUGCUUGACUUGCUUGUGGCCACCUCUGCAAGCGUCCUUGUCGCAGACCAACGACACAGCAACAGCAUGCUCAGAGUGAAGGCGGUAGCACAGCGACCUGGGGCAACACUGCUGACUCACCAAAUUCCCGAGGGCCUCCCGAACAGAUGCUCAGCAGGAACCACGACCCGGAUACGGAAUCUCUUAGCCGACGUAGGUUCCGUGACGAUCCCUCGCCAUAUGAGAUGCCCAAUAAAAAGCAUCGGUCGAUGUCGCCUCCACUUACGCAUGGUGAUGAGCCUGCUGUGCGAGCUGAUAGUGUGAACUUUCACGAAUCGCCGAUGGUUCCUCGGUCGCCCGUGAGAACACUGCGUGCAGACACAGACCCAUACAUGGUGGAUUCGGAAAAGACCAUCCGCCUGCUUGAGUCUUUCCUCUACAACGUCAACGACACCACCUACCUUUUGUACCCUCACGACUAUUUCGUCUACUGGGCCAAGACGUCCUCGGGAAAGUGCCCGGACGAACUUUUGGUGCUAUACGCCAUCCUAGCUCUGGGAUCGGUGUACAUCAGAGAUGCCGCCGUCAGCGCAGGACAGCAGGGAGCGGAUCUAAUGGGUGAAGCGUUGAGGAGCAUGGGUCAGCGAUGUGCAGACAUUGUAAGUGAGGCACUCAGGAACAGGAGUGAGGCACUCAGGAAUAAGAGCGACACUUUGACCUUGCCCAUUGCGCAAAGUCGCUUGCUGCUUGCGUUGUACUGCUACUCCCAAGACGAUGCGCUGGUCGCCUCUGAGCACUUGAGCCUGGCUGUGAACACCUUGACCUAUCUCCAUUUAAACACGGAGACUGGCUGCCUAGCGAUCGAUGCGGGCGAGCAACAUGCAUUCCGUUUCGACAGCGCCCAGAUCGCAGAAUGCAGGCGCCGCACCAUGUGGGCUGCUUUCCUCAUGGAGCGACACCUCAGCACUUCCACUUAUCGCAUCGACGUGCAUGAUAUGGUGGUUCGACUGCCCUGCUCGGGAAGCGCGUACGAGCAAAGCAGGCAGCAGAUGUCCGAUGCACCCUUCCUUCACAGCACUUGCAGCAGUGAUCGCGCUAUCGUCCCCUCUGCUAGCCCGAUGGCCUCUUUGAUUCCGAUUGCGGCAUUGCUGGGGGAUGUCAACAAUUUUGUCUCACGGGGCCUGCAUUCCCAUCGCGGUCAUUAUGAAAAGACGUUUGAUCCGCAAUGCGAAGAGUUAUGGGCACUGCUACAAAAUUGGCGGUCGCAGCUCCCGGAACAUCUCUCAAGCAGUCGGACCAACAUCGAUCGAUGCAUCCACGAAGGUUAUGCCAGCCACUAUCUUCAUAUGUGGGCCAUGUACUAUUGGUCGGUCAUCAAAUUGCAUCGAUACUACCGACAUGAGUGGUUGCCGAAACGUCGUGCUGUACACAUCACCCGUGCCUAUGAAGCUGCUAAAGACUUCCUCUCCAUGGCGACGACCCUGCGCAGCGUCUGGGGCGAGGUAAGCAAGAGCAACAGCCUGACGCAAUCAGCCUCGCCUUUUGUCGGCAGAGCAAUUGUUGCGGCAGUCGACGUUCUUGCCGCUGCUGGCCUCGAGUCGACUAUGCGCGUCAUUUACGACCUUACCCUGGCUGCCGCGCAUUGUGUGACCGACCUUUUCGAAAUAUGGAAAGCCACCAAAGCGCAGCACGACGCAUGCCAGCACCGCCCCUUGCAGAUUUUAAAUAUCAUGCAGCAUCCAACUCGCGCUCGAAGCGGCUGCUGGGUCAGGAAGGAAUGGGGCCUCGAUCGCCGACUGGAAGAGGAAUAUCCUCUUGAUUACGAUGGCAUCUAUGGCGCCGCCAACCCGGACAACGACUACUUUGAUGCCCUACACGCCAUGAGUCGCAACCACAAUAACAAUAACGACAACAUCAACCACCAUACUGCACGAGGUCCGUAGGAUCAGUGGCGACCUACACAUUCCAUAUAACAUCGGUAUGAACUGGAUUAACGAUCUCCACAUUAACGACGAUACCCCUGUUUAUUCACUCUUGGCGUUUCCCAGUUUACGAUACGAAUUUUUCUGUUUCUUUUCUGCUUGCAUUUAUUGUGGGACGGAGUUAAUGGGCGGAUGCAUGAUGCAGGGAGCUAUGCCGCGAUUGAUAUGCACGAAAAUCUCCGUGAUGGUUUCGGGCUAAUGAU